CUGGCCGCAGAGGAGACUUCGGCCUAUCUAGGGGGCAUUUGUUCCGAAGUUCGAGGCAGUUUGCUCGCGGUCAAGCCCAGCAGUGGCUAGUUGGAGAUGGGGUCCCAGGUGUCAGUGGAUACCGGAGCUCUGCAUGUUGUGAUUGUGGGCGGAGGCUUCGGUGGGAUUGCGGCUGCCAGCCAACUACAGGCGCUGAACAUCCCCUUCAUGCUGGUGGACAUGAAGGACUCCUUUCAUCACAAUGUGGCAGCCCUCCGCGCCUCGGUGGAGAGUGGCUUCGCCAAAAAGACAUUCAUUUCCUAUUCAGUGACCUUCAAGGACAACUUCCGGCAGGCCCAGGUGGUGGGGAUAGACCUGAAGAGUCAGACGGUGCUGCUGCAGGGUGGAGAGGCCUUGCCCUUCUCACAUCUUAUCCUGGCUACUGGCAGCACUGGGCCGUUCCCAGGCAAGUGUAAUAUAUUUUGCCAGCAAGCUGCCAUCCAGGCCUAUGAGGACAUGGUGAAGCAGGUCCAGCGAUCACAGUUCAUCGUGGUGGUGGGAGGCGGCUCUGCAGGAGUGGAGAUGGCAGCGGAAAUUAAGACAGAAUACCCCGAGAAAGAGGUCACUCUCAUUCACUCCCAAGUGCCCCUGGCUGACAAGGAGCUCUUGCCCUGUGUGCGGCAGGAAGUGAAGGAGAUCCUCCUCCGGAAGGGUGUGCAGCUACUGCUGAGUGAGCGGGUGAUCAACCUGGAGGAGCUGCCUCUCAACGAGUAUCGGGAGUACAUCAAGGUGCAGACGGACAAGGGCACAGAGGUGGCCACCAACCUAGUGAUUCUCUGCAGCGGUGUCAAGAUCAACAGCUCUGCCUACUGCAGCACCUUCGAGAGCAGACUGGCUGGAAAUGGUUCUCUGAGAGUGAAUGAGUUCCUCCAGGUGGAGGGCUACAACAAUAUCUAUGCCAUUGGUGACUGUGCCGACGUAAAGGAGCCCAAGAUGGCCUAUCACGCUGGCCUCCAUGCCAACGUUGUUGUGGCCAACAUCGUCAACUCUAUAAAACAGAGGCCCCUCAAGGCCUACAAACCAGGUGCACUGACCUUCCUCCUGACCAUGGGCAGAAAUGAUGGUGUGGGCCAGAUCAGUGGUUUCUACGUGGGCCGGCUCAUGGUUCGGCUGGCUAAGAGCAGAGACCUGUUUAUCUCUACAAGCUGGAAAACCAUGCGGCAGUCUCCACCCUGACGGGGAGGCCAGAUGGAAGGCUCAG